GAGAUUGGGUGGCGACUCGCGAGAUACGCAGUCCGACGGUCGGCGUAGGCGAUAGUCGACUGGACGGCUCCGCUAUACAUAGAGAGGCGGCAGGUCGGGCGGCCAAAAUUUGUCCGAUGGGUCUCGGCACCCGAGUGCGGCUCACCAGGUAUUUGCCGACCAUUUCAGACUCGGUAGCGCAGUUGCACGAAUCUGCUACUGAUCUUUUCUUCCAUGGGGUUUACGAUUUUCCAAGGCCGCCGUCUGAAGUUGUACUUCGUAUUUCGCAGAAAACGACAGUGGACCGUGAUUGUUUUGUGUUUGGUGGCGCUGUUUUGCAUCUGCGUGUUUCUGGAUCCAGGUAUGUACGCUUCAACUCAAGCUAGAAAAUUACUUAUGAUGCUAUUUUCUUACAGUUUAACCUAUUUAGGAUCAUGCACCUUUAAAUAUUUCAAAAUUUCUUAUUUCAAUGCAAAGUUUUUAUCAUAUUCUACAAAAAAAAAUCCCACCGUGCGAGUAUGCGUGUUCAGCAAUAGGACACCAUAUCAGUGGGGUGAUGCAAUUGUAGCAUUGCCCCAGUCACCGACUGUAUGUGGCCUGUUUCAGGGUCACGGCCGUCCUCUGGCCUCGGCUCACAGUGCGACAGCCCGCUGUUGAUCAGUGAGGCCGUUCUGCCGUGGGAUGCUGCCGCCGGCCGCUGUCUCCGUCCUGAGCCGCUGGCCGGGCGCCUGCUGCGUGCCGGCCGCGCGCUGGGCCGCCCUCCCUCCGUGACAUUCGUGGGCGACUCUCGGGCGCGCGAGCUGUUCGUGAGAGCGGUGCACGCCAGCGGCCGGCCUCAGGCGGCGCUGCCACCGCGCCGGCCCGAGCCCGACACGUGCCUGGAGCCGUCCAGCAGCCCCGAGUACCAGUGUCGACACGGCAUGUGCUCUCAGCGGGUCGUCGGCAGCGUGCUGACCUCGCGGCUCGAGUGGCGGCCGCAGAUGAACGACUACAUGGCUGCCGUGCUGGACGGUGUGGCGGCGGACUGCGGCUCACGGAUGCGGCGGGAGGACUGUCCGGACACCGUGGUGGUCAACAGCGGCCUCUGGUACUCGUUCCGAGUGGAGGUGUACAGCGGAAACCGCCGCGAGCGGCUGGUGGCGCUGUUCAGAGCCGGCCUACUCCGGCUGCUGCCCAGCCUGCAGCGGCUCGCCCGGAGCACACACACCGUCUGGAAACUGGAGGAGGCCAUGUUCUCCGAGUUUGUCAAGGACAAGUACUAUCCGGAGAAUGCCAAAACGGAAAUAAACGGGCUUAUUAUCGUGCAGCAGGCCGUCCUGUAUGACGUCACCGCACAUAUUCCGGAGCUGACCGUCUGGUCGUCGCUGCUUCCGGAGACCACGCGGCACAUGUUCCGCGUGUGCGCGCGAAGUCGGCCUCUCAGCUGGGUGGAGUGCCCGGACGCCAUCCACAUGGGACGCUCGCUGCAGGACUCGUUCCUAGAGCGGAUACUGGGCGGCCUGUGUGACCGGGCGCUGGGCGUGGCGCGGUAGACGCGGGUCGCUAGGAUGAUUUGUUAACACUACGUCAUUUGACCUGACCCAAUAGACAAUGGAUGUGCUGUUAGAGUCUGAAGACUUCUGCAAGAGACAAUAAAUGCACAAAACAUU